GGAAGAGUCGUUUCAUUUUUCUGUAAUGGCGGACCACGGAGACGGUGAAAGUAUUGUGUUUAACGACAACAGGAUGGCGCAGCAGCAGACGCUGCGUUUCCGCGGCCCUGCUCCUCCUCCAACCCCAGUGAUGCGUGGUCCACCCCCACUGCUCAGACCUCCACCUCCCCCCUUCGGUAUGAUGAGAGGGCCUCCACCACGGGGGCCACUGUUUGGGCGUCCGCCGUUUGACCCCAGCAUGCCACCCAUACCCCCACCAGGAGGCAUGCCCCCACCACUCGGACCCCCUCACCUACAGAGACCUCCUUUUAUGCCCCCGCCGAUGGGCAGCAUGCCCCCACCCCCAGGGAUGCUAUUCCCCCCUGGGAUGCCCCCAGUUCCUGCUGCUGGAGCUCAUACUCUGCCCCCUACUGAGGAGAUCUGGGUGGAGAACAAGACACCUGAGGGAAAGGCGUACUACUACAACGCCAGGACUCGAGAGUCAGCCUGGAGCAAACCUGAAGGGGUAAAGGUGAUCCAGCAGUCAGAACUCAACCCUAUGAUGGUGACCCCAGCUGGAACAGGAGCCUCCUCCAAUAGCAGCACUGCAGCCAGCACUACAGCUGCCACACCCUCUCCAGUGUCCACACAGGCACCUUCCCAGUCUCAUACCAUGAGUACCAGCCCAGACACCAACACCACCUCUUCUUUGUCCCAGACCAUCACUACUUCUGCUGCUACAGAUCUGCAGCCUGUGUCCUCCGUCCCCUCCAGUGUGGGAUUGACCACAAUGGCAGUGGUCAGUGUAACCACAGUGCCAUCCUCAGUGACACCAGUCCAGACUAUGUCCCUGUUGCCCCAAAGUCUCCCGACUGGCCUGCCCCACCACACCAUGUCCCAGCCUCACACCACAGCCACCAUCCCAGGCUUCCCCCCAGGGGUCAUGCACCCCUUCAGGGUGCCUCUACCAGGCAUGCAUAUCCCACUGCCCGGUGUAGCAAUGAUGCAGAUAGUAGGUGGUCCCUAUAUAAAGACAGUCUCCCCCAACCAUAACGGUAUGCUGCCUGGCAUGGGCCCUCCUCUUGUUCCCAUGAUGCACCACCCUCAGUUGGCCCUGGCGGCGCCCGCCUUGUCAGGCCUCCAGUUCCCAGAGUGGUCUGAGUACAAAACGGCCGACGGGAAAACCUACUACUACAACAACCGCACACUGGAGUCCACCUGGGACAAACCCCAGGAACUACGGGAGAAGGAGAAAGAGGCAGAGAAGGCCAAAGAGAGACAGCAGGCCCUGGAGGAGGAGGCUAUGGAGAUGGAGGAUGAACAGCCUAAAAUAGAGCUCCCUAAGGAGGUGAAGGAGGUUAAGGAGGAGGAGAUGACUGAAGAGGAGAAAGCAGCACAGAAAGCCAAGCCUGUGGCCACUAACCCAAUACCUGGCACUCCCUGGUGUAUUGUGUGGACCGGUGACGAGCGGGUGUUCUACUACAACCCCACCACGCGUCUCUCCAUGUGGGACCGGCCAGAGGAGCUGGUGGGACGGGCCGACGUUGACAAGAACAUCCAGGAACCACCUCAUAAGAGAGGCCUGGAGGACGCCACCAGGAAGCUGGGAAUCAGCAAAGAGGAGCUGGAGCAGGCAGCAGAGGAAGCUCUGGAGGAUGAGCCUGUGAAGGCCAAGAAGAGGAAGAAGGAGGAAGUGAUGAAAGAGGCGGACUCUGAGAAAGAGGCAGCCAUGGAGGCGGAGCUGAAGGCGGCCCGAGAGCGGGCCAUCGUGCCCCUGGAGAAGCGCAUGACACAGUUCAGGGACAUGCUGCUGAAGAGAGGGGUCUCAGCGUUCUCUACGUGGGAGAAAGAGCUGCACAAGAUAGUUUUUGAUCCUCGAUACCUGCUGCUUAACCCCAAAGAGAGAAAGCAGGUGUUUGACCAGUAUGUGAAGACCCGAGCUGAGGAGGAGAGGAAAGAGAAGAAGAAUAAACUGAUGCAGUGUAAGGACGAGUUCAGGAAGAUGAUGGAGGAGGCCAAGCUCACUGCCAGGACAACGUUCAGUGAGUUUGCCUCCAAGCACGCCAAGGACACACGGUUCAAGGCCAUAGAGAAGAUGAAGGACCGGGAGACCAUCUUUAUCGAGUUCAUGACCGCUCUCAAGAAGAAAGAGAAGGAGGACUCCAAGAACAGAGGAGAGAAGGUGAAGCAGGACUUCUUUGAGUUGCUUGGUGACCACCAGCUGGAUGGAGGGCAGCGCUGGAGCAAGGUGAAGGACAGGCUGGAGGGAGACCCUCGCUACAAGGCUGUGGAGAGCUCCAACACCAGAGAGGAACUCUACAAGCAGUAUGUGGACAAGCAGGCCAAGAACAUGGACUCUGAUAAGGAGAAGGAGCUGGAGCGUGCCGCCAGGAUAGAGGCCAGUCUGAGGGAGAGGGAGCGCGAGGUGCAGAAGGCCCGCUCUGAGCAGACCAAGGAGAUCGACAGAGAACGGGAGCAGCAUAAGAGGGAGGAAGCCAUCCAGCACUUCAGAGCCCUCAUGUCAGAUAUGGUGAGGUCGUCUGACGCGUCGUGGUCAGACACCCGGCGUAACCUGCGUAAGGACCACCGCUGGGAGUCCGCCUCUCUGUUGGAGAGAGACGAGAAGGAGAAACUGUUCAACGAACACGUUGAGGCGCUCUCCAAGAAGAAGAAGGAGAACUUCAGACAGCUACUGGACGAGACCGUCAUGAUCACACUAACCACCACGUGGAAGGAGGUGAAGAAGAUCAUUAAAGAGGAUCCUCGCUGUAUCAAGUUCUCCAGUAGUGACAGAAAAAAACAGAGGGAGUUUGAAGACUACAUCAAAGACAAGUACAUCACAGCCAAAGCUGACUUCAGAACGCUUCUGAAAGAGACCAAGUUCAUCACGUACAGGUCGCGGAAGUUGCUCCUGGAGUCCGACCAGCACCUGAAGGACGUGGAGAAGGUUCUGCAGAAUGACAAGCGUUACCUGGUGCUGGACUGUGUCCCGGAUGAGAGGAGAAAACUCCUCAUGUUCUACAUCGAGGAUCUGGACCGCCGGGGUCCCCCUCCUCCCCCCACCGCCUCAGAGCCCACGCGCCGCUCCACCAAGUGACCAGAGACUGCUAGAAAACCUGAGCAUGAACCAGCCCUGCACCUGUUCUAGUGCAGUAUUAAACUGUAAUGUCCUAAUGCCUUGUGGUAAACCUGGAACAUCCAUCCUUGUAUUUAUUAAAGUGUCAGUAGUGCAGAGCUCUGGCUCUCCUCUCUACAGGGCCUGAUGAUGUGCCACUGCUCUAACCCCUGACAUCUGACCUUUUGGGUCAGCUGAGGUCACAGGGAUCGGCGUAGUAAUACAUCUGCAGCCACCUAUGACGUUAGACAACUGUAAAUGAUGAACUGCUGUUUCUGUGACUCAAGGCAUCGCAGGCCUUAGUAACUGUUUUUAGGGUGUCGUUGACAUCGACCAACUCACAGUACAGUUUGAAUGUUAACGUUUAUUCUCAGUGGUUUAAUUUUGAUGCGUUGCUUUUUCUGUACAUGUUUACUGGAAUAAAAGCAACUUUUCUUUUUUUAA